UAUGUUUAGAUAAGUAUGGCAGUGAUAAAAGCGAUAAAUUGCAUUGUUAUGCUAAAUAUGGCUACCUCAAAAGCGAUGCACACAUUGUCUGCAUAAACGAAGGCUUUAGUAAAAAGUACUUUUGAAUUAGGCUGCACUCACACUAGGGCUUUAGAACUGUGCCCAAACACGGAUCGCCCCUAAAGCGCGGUACGUUUGUGACGUGUGAGCGCAAUCGAACCGUGCUUAAGCACGGCAUGGUUGGGACUUUGGCCCGAUUGGAGGAGGUGGGUCAAAGCACGACACGGAGCUCAUGUACACGCACAUGCACGACUUUAUUAUACGAGCCCUGUCAGGUGCGCUCAUGUCACUCAGGAGAAAAACUGGAUAAUAUCUGCUCCAAAAUACACUGCAACCCCACCUGGUCUCACCUUCAAUAUGGACAAACCGAAGUUUAGCUGCCUCUCCUCUCCGGUUGUCAUCACUGCUCCGUGCUGUUUUUAUAUCCAUAAACUCACGGAGGAGCGCAGGACGCACAUGAACCUCGCUAUUUAAUAGAUGUUUCUGCCGCUAACAGAUAUUUUCUCCGCUAAAAGCGUUAGCACAUGUAAACAAACAGCGCCAUGUGAUGACGUCAUCGGGCCGUGGCCCGGUUCGGAUGUGCAAGUGUGAGUGUGGAACAUAGAAGGGCCAUAGGACCCUACACAAUCGUUCUUGAGCACGGCACGGAUCUAAAGUUUUAGUGUGAUAAAUAAUGGCACUCUUAUUAGUGCAUCUUCAGUUUGUUUUGUUUUUGUCAGACUUUGGGAGCAAGGUGAGAUCUGACACAUAAACGCAUUUAUUUAUUUGUGCUUGUUUAAGGCAAAUAUCCUGAGCAUAAUCAGCAAAGCACACCCCACCAUAGUAUUCCAUAUAAUAUGAUACAGUAUAUGAAAUGUUUUAUUUUAUUCAAGCCUAUUCCUGUUUUUUCCACCUUUUUUUUAAACUUUUUUUUUUCUCCAGGAAAUCAUUCACAAUGUUGUUCAAAGUGCAAUACCAAGGGAAGAAGAAGUACAUAAAAAUGAAUGGCAUUUCAUUCCCUUCAUUUCUUAAGGAAGCCAAAGAAAAGUUUGGAAUUCUUAGUGAAACUAGUGUGUAUUUGCUGGAUGAAACUGGAACGGAGGUUGAUGAAGAGGUGUUUAGUGACAUCAUUGAAGAGAAUCCAAACAUGGCUUGGACUAUUGUUGGUGAACAUUCAGUCACAGAGUCGCCUGCUCGAUCUUUCUGUACGGACACGGCGUCUGUAACAUCACAGUCGUCAGAGUCUGGUGAAUCAUUCGCAUCACCAGAGAGGCUGCGGUUGGAUGAAAACACUUUAGAAGCCAAAGAGCUUGUCAAAGAUAUUUUGGAGUCAAAAGCAGGGGGGGAGAAAAUUCUAAAGGAAUACCAACAGACCAGAGAAAUAAAAGAUCAAGUACGAAGGAAGCUUGUCAACAUUCUUGUUACCAACAUGGUGGAGAAACAUGGAAAUGUUCCGCCCAUGGACAUAAGGACCAAAUAUGCAAUGGGCAUCGUGGCCCUUUUCCCUUCGCUUAAGGAUCCCUACUCUCAAAAAGGAUAUAUCUUGCAAGACUUCCAGCUGCUGUUUGGAGAGGAAACGUCAGCAAAGCUUUUGGAAAAAUGGGGAACCUUACUGAAGAUCAAAAUCAUAAAAGAAGCAAAUAACCUCACCAAAACACCCAUGCUUGAAUCUCUCAUCCAAGCUGCCGAGGGGAACCCAGGUGAAGAGAUUUCAGCCUGGGAUAGUGACAUGUCUUCGCUGCUGCUGCUGGUGUAUCUCCUGCCUCCUCCACCUGGCGGCAAGAAAAGACCUGUGAAGGUCGGUGUACGGGAAGCAGUGGAUCAUGUUGUCAAGUUUCACAAGUCUUGCCGAAGUCUUCAGGAGGCGACCAGUUCAGAAUCAGGGAGACAACCUUACAUCCUGGCAGUUGGGACAUCGAAAACCAACAUUCAUGACUACUACAUCGUGCUGGAUGGGCAACUCCUUCCUUGCAAGGCUAAGUCUUCCCUGUCUGCCUUUGAUGAACUUUUCAAGACACAUUAUGUGUUUGGCAUCACUUAUGAUCAGGCCCUUAACAAUAUGUACACAUUUGUGCAGACCACUAUCUACAACAUUGAUGUGGGACAUUGUCAUGAAAGCCCCAGGGUGAAGGAUGUUAGGGCAAAAGUCUUGAGUUAAGAUAAUCUAUCAUGGGUUUUAGGUGCGUUGUAUGCAAGUUAAUAUUCAGUUAUGUUAAGGAAUUGGUUCGACAUCUCAAGUUUAAGCAUGCAUUUUAUCCCGGUAAAAGGUUCCUUCUGACUUGUGAUCAAAGUGGAUGUGGUCAGAAAUUCCAGACAUAUUCAGGCUUUAGAAGGCAUCUUAACGCUAAACAUGGCAAUGGCAAUGAUGAUGAUGUUGAUGAUGGUGCUGAUGAGGAUGAACCAGUCACUCCGAUUCUUUCUGAUGAGCCAAAUGUUUCAAGUUAUGAUAAUCAGACAAAUGUGUUUUCAAGUUAUGAAACCGAAAAUCCAGAAAUGUCUACUAAUGCUACAGGAAACAGACAAAAUACUCAAGAAAUGUGUGCAUCCCUCAUUGCAAAACUUAAAAGCAAAGGUGUGCCUUCUACAGUUGUCACAUCUGUCAUUGAGAAUUUGGAGGAGCUUGUACACGAACUUCAUUCAAAUAUUAAAGAAGAUGUUACUAACUUGGUUCCUGAUGAUACAGAUACACAGGCAAAAUUGAAAACUUAUUUUGAAAGCCUUGAAAAUCCAUUUACAUGUGUAAAUACAGAGACAAAGUGGAAAAAAUACUUCCAUGAUAAGUGUGGUAUGGUGGAACCUGUUGAGAUCCCACUUGGAGUGAGAUAUGACAUCAGAAGGAACAGAGUUUCAGGCACAUAUGACCAAGUACCUGUAAAA